AUGCGUAACGUAGACCACGACAACCUCUGCAAAUUCAUUGGUCUCUCUUUGGACGCCCCUACUCUCAUCUCGGUUUGGAGGUACUGUUCCCGUGGAUCUCUUCAAGAUGUCAUUGCAAAAGGAUCCCUCCAAAUGGAUUGGUUCUUCAAAUACUCAUUGAUGCGUGACGUGGCAGAAGCCAUUUAUUAUUUACAUCAUUCUCCGAUUGGGCCUCAUGGAUGGUUGAGUUCUUCGACGUGUUUGGUUGAUGAGCGGUGGCAGGUAAAAGUCACCUUCUUCGGGUUAUCUGCCAUCAAACAAUUCGAAGUCAAAGAACAAAAAGACUUCCUCCACACCGCUCCAGAACACAUCCGUGAUGUCCAUCUUCCUAUUACCAAGGAAAUGGAUAUCUACUCAUUCGCAAUUAUCUGUUCUGAACUUAUCACCAAAAAGAGUGCAUGGGAUUUGGAAAAUGAGACGUUUGAUAUAGAGGAGUUGGUGUAUAAGAUCAAAAAAGGAGGACGCAGUCCGCCACGACCAUCUCUUGAAACAGAAGAUGAGCAUAAUGGAAGUAUGUCAUUGUUAGUGAGAGACUGUUGGAAUGAGAAUCCGGAUCAGAGACCGACGAGUGAACAGAUAAAGACACUAAUGAAGAGUAUGAAUCAUAAUAGAUCGAGCAAUUUGAUGGAUCACGUUUUCAAUGUACUGGAACAGUAUGCAUCGAAUUUGGAGGAUGAGGUACAAUCCCGGAUGAAAGAGUUAACCGAGGAGAAGAAGCGAAGCGAUAUUUUGUUGUACAGAAUGCUCCCGAAACAAGUCGCUGAAAAAUUGAAACUCGGUCAAUCAGUGGAACCGGAGACAUUUGACUGUGUCACAAUUUUCUUCUCCGAUGUUGUGUCGUUCACUACAUUGGCCUCCAGGUGUACUCCACUGCAAGUUGUAAACUUGCUCAAUGAUUUGUACACGACUUUUGAUGCAAUUAUUGAGCAGCACGAUGUGUAUAAGGUAGAAACAAUCGGUGACGGUUACCUUUGUGUCUCUGGUCUCCCUCAUCGAAAUGGAAAUGAACAUGCCAAAGAAAUCUCUUCCAUGUCUUUUGCCUUGCUCAAAGCUAUCAAAACCUUCCGAGUACCUCAUUUACCUAAAGAAAGGAUCAACAUCCGUGUGGGUCUUCAUACCGGACCAGUUGUCACUGGAGUUGUUGGAAUGACUAUGCCAAGAUAUUGUUUAUUUGGAGACUCUGUGAAUACUGCAAGUAGAAUGGAGAGUAACGGAAAACCCGGCAGAGUUCACAUCAGUACCGAAUGUAUGAAGUUCUUGACCGAAGUCAUUGGAGGGUAUCAAACAGAGCCAAGAGGAGAAGUUAUUGUCAAAGGAAAAGGAGCUGUUCAAACAUACUGGCUGUUGACCGAUGACGAGAUUGACGCCAAGAACAAUGACCAGUCCAUUUAA